AUGUUGAGACUCUACCCUCCGUCGGCCUUUGAUGCCUAUAAAAAGGAUAAGACUCAUUUUUCGGCCUCCAUCGAUGCGAUUGUAGAGAAAAUCCACGAGGCCUGCGAUGGCAUCGGGACAGACGACCAGGCGCUUGUAAAGCUUAUUGGACCGCUGUCACCUAACGACCGUGCGCUUGUCUCCUUGCGGUACAAGGACUUGCAUGGCCAGACACUGCGCGAGCUCAUCAAAGGCGAAACAUCGGGCAAUUUUGGCUACCUAUUGCAGCUCAUCACCUUCUCUUUACCUCAAGCCGAAGCUUACAUUGUAUUUCACGCUAUGAAAGGAGCUGGCACCUCAGACCAUCUUCUCUACUCAGUCCUCAUGGGUCGCAGCAACGAAGAGAUUGGUCUUCUGAAAAAGGCCUUUUACGAUAUGUACGACACUGAUCUUUCUGUCGCUAUCAGCGACGAGAUCAGCGGCGACUUCUUGGCUGUCAUUAUGAAAGCGCUUCAAGAGCCAAUGGUGGAAUAUAAGGCUUCUUUCCAUACGAAAGAGAAGGCAGCUGAAGACGCUGAGCUCAUCUAUAAAGCCGGCGAGGGCAAGUGGGGCACCGAUGAGAACGGUUUUUUGAAAGUGUUGCUUUCGAGUCCACCCGAACAUCUCCGUAACAUUGACGCAGCCUACCAAGCAAAAUACAAGCACGACUUGGUCCAUGUCAUUGAGAGCGAGUUCAGCGGAAGCGAUUGCGCCGCUCUCACUUUUUUCGUCCGAAUCAGUCUCAAUGCAUGGCCCUUUCUUGCCGAACACAUUGAAGGUACCAUGGCUGGCAUUGGCACUGACUCAACAGCUCUCAGCGCUGCCAUCGUGCGCUACAAUUCGUAUUUGGGUUACGUCAUGCCGGUCUAUGAGAAAAAGUAUAAAAUGACUUUGCAAGACCGCAUUAAAGGAGAAACCAGCGGUGAGUACCAGGAGCUACUGCUACAUUUGCUGGAAGCUCCACGUCCAGUAGGCAACUUUGCUUAA